AUGAUUGGUCAUCACCGUCUUGCGGCCCUUCUUUCCGCUGCCGCUGCUCUUCUUCCUUCGGCCUCUGCCGCCGCGGUCGCCUCUCCUGCUUCGUCUGAGCUGGUCGAGCGCACUCUCAUUCCCCUCCCUUGCUACAUCUUCGGUCCUACCGUGAGCCCCUGGUGGUUGAAGCUGUGCAAGCCACACCUCGACCUCGUCGUCAUUGACCUGCGCUCGGCCGACGAGUAUGCAGCCAACCACAUCCCCGGCAGCUUUAGCCUGCCAUUCGAGCCCGUCUCAGCCUGGAGCAACAUGGGCCCAGGCGAUUUGCUGCUUGAGAUGCCACCCUCGGCAGACAUCUUCGCGACGCUCGGAUCCAUCGGCGUGAGCAACCCCAACCCCGCCACCAAGGUCGUCCUCGUCAACGGCGUGGGCAACCCGGCCUUCCCCCAGGCCGCCUCACCCCGUGUUGCCACGACCCUGAAGUACGCCGGUAUUUCUGAGGGCCGUGUCUCCGUCCUCGACGGUGGCUUCCCCGCCUGGUUGAGCGAAGGCUACCCCGUCACCACUGCCGUUCCCACGCCCACUCCGCGCACCUACACUGCUACUGAGGACCGCAGCUUCCUCGUCAACAUCAGCUACGUCGCCGAACGCAUCAAUAAGAAGCACCAGCACAUCUAUAUCAUCGAUGGCCGUGACGAGGCCGUCUACAACGGUACCAUUCUCGAGGAAUGGGCCGACAAGCCCGGCCAUAUCCCCUCGGCCGUCAACCUCCCCGCCAAGUAUGUCUGGAACCCGGAUGGCAGCUGGAAGAGCCCCCUCGAAUUGCUUGCUCAGCUCCGUAGCAAGGUCGGCUAUGGCGUGAGCCGCAGCUACGGCGAGAUUAUUGUCUACUGUGGUGUUGGCGGCUAUGCCUCGACCUGGUAUUUUGUCCUGACUCGCAUUCUCGGCUUUGACAACGUCAAGAUGUACGACGGCUCGGCUCAGGAAUGGAGCAAGUAUUAUGAUAUGGAAUUGUAA